AUGAUCCCACAGACUGAGCUGAUUAUCCUAGCCAACGACUUUAAUGCCCAUACUGGUAUGGACAGAAGCGGAUGGGAGACAACAAUGGGCAAAUUUGGAUGUGGUAAAAUCAAUGAUAAUGGACGGCGUCUCUUAUCCUUUGCUGUCUCCAACAGUUUGAUCAUUGGGAACAUCUGGUUUCAACAUCCACUAAAACACCAGCUCACAUGGAGAAACCCAUCUGAUGAGGCUUCUGCUGUACAGGAUUAUGUCCUAAUCAACCUCCGAUUCCGCUCAACGCUGAAGAAUGUUCGAUCCAUGAGAGGACCCAAUUGUGGCUCAGACCACUACCUGGUCCGUGCCAAAAUCCAGUUAAACUAUAACGUGCUAAGCGGACCUCGCCAUCACUACCUCAACCAGACUGGAAACAACUUAUAA